AUGCUCGACCUCACCGGUAAAGUCGCACUCAUCAUCGGCCUUGGCCAAUCCGGAGACGAAGGCUGGGGCAUCGGCGCCGCGAUAGCCGUGCUCUUCGCCCGCCAAGGGGCCGUCAUCUUCGGUGGCAACCGAUCGCUGCCGUCGACCACCAAGACCAAGACGACGAUUGAGUCAGAAGGCGGUAUGUGCGAUAUCGUUGCCACUGACGCCACAGAUUCGGCGUCCGUCAAGGCACUCGUUGACGCCUGCAUCGCAAAACAUGGCCGCAUUGAUAUCCUGGUCGCGAAUGUCGGCGGGUCACAGCCCGGGUGCCCGGCAACGAUGGUCGAGGAUGUCUGGGACGCACAGGUCGAUCUGAACCUUAAGAGUGUAUACUUGGCGUGCCAUCAUGUGCUGCCUGUCAUGGAAAAACAGCAAGCCGGAUCUGUCGUUUGCGUUUCGAGCAUUGCGGGCCUGAGGUAUAUCGGUAAACCACAGGUAGCCUACAACACGACGAAAGCGGCUGUCAUGCAAUUUGUCAAAACAACAGCCGUCCUCUAUGCGGACAAGGGCGUGAGGCUGAACACGGUUGUCCCGGGCUUGAUGGAUACGCCAUACACGAAGAACCUCGCGCAGAGGUUUGCUGCAUCAGGCAGCGAAAGCCAAUCGGAGGAUGGUGCCGAAGAACAACGGUAUCAGGCCUUCAGGAGUAUGCGCGAAGGGCAGGUACCCAUGAAAAAAAUGGGUGACGCAUGGGACGUGGCCAAUGCUGCUCUGUUUCUCGCGGCGGAUGAGUCAAGAUAUAUCACGGGGCAGAAGAUUGUUAUCGAUGGAGGUGUCACCAGCUCGACAGGGCGCGUAUAG